UAAACUUGAAAACAAAAUUCACUUCCCAGUUUCUAGUACUGAUCUUAAUUUAUUUUAAAAAUUCUGUUGUAACCUUUAAUAUGUAUGGCUAUGGAGUUAUACCAGUGUUCCUGGCAAAGUGAAUUCAUGCUGUUUUCAUUUUAUUUGUUGGCAUUCAAUCUGAGGACAUCAUCAGUUAUUCAAUAGCUUUAAAUAUUUUAGAUACUGUUCUUAGAAUAUUGCCAAUGCAAUCUAGGUGAUUUAGUUUGGAGUGUCCUUUCCAUUCUGUAGGUCUACUGUCCAUCUUCCUGUUCUUUUUAACUCCUCCUACAGCUCUCUUAGUGCAUCUACUAUUUGCUUUAAGAGGUAUUCUCUGUUUUUAUAAUUUUGUUUUUUUUUUUUUCUUCUCCACUGUUCGUAAGCAAGACACAGAUUUACCUUUCGAUAGUACAAGUCAGAACAAGUUUAUCAUCACAUCUACCUGAUUUUAUUUUUUAUUUUUCCCCAGAACCAUUUAUUUUAUAAUUGUCUCCCAAACCAUCUUUAGGCAAACGUUAAAGAAAUAACAUAGCUACAGCAGGCAUAAACGUAGACAGUAAAGGGAAACUACAAAGGUAAUCUAGAAUGUGAUACACCCAGACUGUGCCCAACAGAUGCUUAUUAAAUCUGCUCUUACACAGUUAGUGAGAGCAAUUGCAUAACCUUAUGAGGUAGCUUGGCAGUCUGAAAUGUGAGAGAACCCAGAGAUAUGAGGUAGCAAGGCUAUCUGAAAAUCUAUCCAAGACACUUGUAGCUGCAAACUAAGCCUAUUGUUUCUUUUCUUCUGAUACGCGUUUUAACAGAAGAUGUACACAUCUGUAUGCUGUUGUCAUGCUUCUGGCAGUCAUCUUUACCAAAUGAUGUAACUCCAUCGCCUCUAUUUAUCAUUUUUAAAAGCUUCUGAUUUUUUUAUGUUGCUUUUCUCUGGACUUUUUAAACAUAACGAAGUCUAUUUUAAAGGUGCUAAUUUAGCUUAAACAAGUGCAUACUUUAUAGAUGCUAUUUAUCCUGUGCAUUUUAUUUCUGGAACAUAUAAUGCUGUGCUUACAAAGGGUGAUGUCUAACAGGACAUAGUCUUUAUUCUCAGUGAUAAAAUCAAGCAUGUGCACAAAUCUUAAUUGGUUUGUGACCCCAAAUACAAAUGUACAAAAACAGAGAAUAUAAGGAAAAACAAAGACAAAUAACUUUGAAGCUCGCUGAACAUAGUCAUGACUAAAUUGCUGGUAAAGUAAGUUCUAGAAACGUGGAUCUUGCCUUUUACUUUCCUCUGUCUUCUGGUUUUACCAGAGCUUCUGAUCCACUUGUAACUGAGCUGGAUCUCUUGCACACCUUUUCUGAAGCUAAUGAGGUUUUUACAGAAUAUUACAAAUACUUCCAUGAGCAUAUAGAAAUGGGUAUGAAGGUAGAACAAGGGUCUUUGAAAUUGUGUGAAACAAGCUGGUCUACAGGCUGGAGCUCAAGUUCUCUGUGUGUGAUUACAGACCUGUGCAGCUGAAUUGAGGAAAAGCUGAGGUGACCAUUGCAAGUAGUUGGAAAGCACUGGAUAUUUUCUACAAAAGUUGACACAAGGUUUCACCAGGCGCCCGUGCCGUCGGGCAGUCAGUCCCUGGAGGUGCGGAGCGGCGCGGGGAACAAAGCGGCGAGGCCGGGGGAGCUGCUGGAGCCCUCGCCGCAGCUGGGCAGGGUGAAGAGUUUGCACGAAAUGCCCGGACCCAACACCCUCUACAAUCUCUAUGAGUUCUUCUGGAAGGACGGCUUCGGCCGCAUUCAUGAGAUCCAGCAAAAACACACUCAGGAAUAUGGAAAGAUCUUCAAGUCUCACUUUGGUCCCCAGUUUGUUGUAUCCAUUGCAGAUCGAGAUAUGGUUGCUCAAGUGCUCCGGUCAGAAGGUAGAGCACCACAGAGAGCUAACAUGGAAUCGUGGCAGGAAUACAGAGACUUAAGAGGAAGAGCUACAGGACUAAUCUCAGCAGAGGGGGAACAGUGGCUAAAAAUGAGAAGUGUACUGAGGCAAAAAAUUCUGAAACCCAAAGAUGUGGCGAUUUACUCUGGAGGAGUCAAUGAAGUUAUCACAGAUUUAAUUAAAAGAAUCUACACCCUCAGAAGUCAAGAGGAAGAUGGGGAAACGGUGACCAAUGUUAAUAAUCUUUUCUUCAAGUACUCAAUGGAAGGUGUGGCUACUAUUCUGUAUGAAUGCAGGUUGGGCUGCCUGGAAAACAACGUCCCACAACAGACCGUUGAAUAUAUCGAGGCUCUGGAGUUGAUGUUCAGUAUGUUUAAGACCACAAUGUAUGCAGGUGCCAUUCCCAGGUGGCUUCGUCCAUUUAUUCCAAAACCCUGGAGAGAGUUCUGCAGAUCCUGGGAUGGACUCUUCAAAUUUAGUCAAAUUCAUGUUGACAACAAACUGAAGUCUAUUCAGUCUCAACUGGAUCAAGGAGAAGAAGUGAAUGGUGGGCUACUUACGUACCUCCUCGUGAGUAAGGAGCUUACUUUGGAGGAGAUCUAUGCCAAUAUGACUGAAAUGCUUCUGGCAGGAGUGGACACAACUUCUUUUACUUUGUCCUGGGCAAUAUAUAUGUUGGCAAAGCACCCUGAGGUUCAACAACGUGUUUAUGAGGAAAUCAUAGAUAAGCUGGGGAAAGACCAAGCUCCUGUUGCUCGUGAUGUUCCCAAAUUGCCUUUGAUUAGAGCUGUGCUGAAGGAGACUUUGAGGUUAUAUCCUGUAUUGCCAGGAAAUGGAAGAGUGACCCAGAAAGACUUGAUUGUUGGAGGAUACUUAAUACCUAAAGGGACGCAGCUGGCACUCUGUCAUUAUACUACUUCAUACAGUGAAGAGAAUUUUCCAAUGGCCAAUGAGUUCCGGCCCGAGCGUUGGCUGCGGAAAGAUAAUUUGGACAGGGUUGACAAUUUUGGUUCCAUCCCCUUUGGUUAUGGCAUUCGAAGUUGUAUUGGAAAAAGAGUUGCGGAACUGGAAAUUCAUCUUGCACUGAUUCAGUUGCUUCAGAAUUUUGAGAUUAAAAUUUCUCCCAAAACUGAACCAGUUCAGGCCAAAACCCACGGACUUCUGACUCCUGGAGGCUCCAUCAAUGUGAGAUUUUCUGACAGAAAGUGAGACUGAGAUAUUUUGGAAAUACUUGUGUGACUUUCAGGGGAACAGGCUUGCAUCUAAUGGACGUUUGAUCGUAACAUGCUUUCUGGUUUGUAGGUUCUUUACAAUAUGACCAAGUAUUAUGUUCUGCCUUAUACCUAACAGCACAUAACAAAAGUUACCUCUCUUGUAAUUGAAAAUUACAUGUUUGAAAAUACAUGCUAAACAGUUCCUUCUUGCACUGGCAUUCUCCUACUUGUAUUUCAAAUUGUAGCAGCACGUGCAUUGGAAAAAAAAAAAAAAAAAAAAAAGUAAAACUCAGACAUGCUUUUGUCAUUCGGUGAUUUUAUUACACUAUUUUAUAGUAAAAGUCAGUUAUUCUUGUGAGUUAUUAGAGAGCAAAAGAAUUGUUAUCUGGUAUUAGCUGCAUUUAGGAGUUUGUGUCUUUGUUUUUUGUCCUCCAAGUGUGUUCUUUAAAAAUUUCUGCGUAACGUUAAAAAUGAGGUGAUUUUCUCUUGUCUGUAAAAAAAACAUUUACAUUACAUGUAUUUAAAAUAUUAACACAGUAAUAUGAAAUGUAAGGACUGAAAAAUAUACAAUUUGCAUCAAUGUUAGUCUCAAAAUUCAGAAACAAUUUACAGUUUAUCUCAAAUACAGCAUCCAUAAAAUAUUACCAUAUGAUUUCCUUAAAAAAAAAAAACAACAACAACAACAAAACCAUGAAAUUUAAACAAUCCAUUGUAGAGUUGUGAACGUAGACAUUGUCUUAUCACCGAAGAAAAGCUGAGUGGAUUAGCACAAGCCACUUUCACUGUUCUAACUAUUAUUAUGCCAAAAUCAUCUGUAAAUAAGAAAAAUGAAAAAGUUGUUACAUUUUUAUCAUUUAAUGGAAAUACUAUUGAAUAUCUUCACAGUUCUUCAACAGUAAGAACUGGAAACUUCCCAUUGUAGUGUGCUGAGCUCAUAGACAGGUGCGCGUGCUAUAGGAUGGGAAUGUGACUACUGAGGUAUUUGAAGGCUUUUAAUUUUUUUUUUCCUGGUGUCCAAUAUGAAGUGUGGGCAACAGAAAUAUUUUUGUUUUUGCUUUAUUUUUUUCUGUAACAGCUAACAGAAAUGAGAUUUCAGUCUUCAGAUGAAUUCUCAUGUCUCUGUACACUAACCUUACGUUCUCUUUCUGAGAGAAACCUUAUACCUUGGGACCAUGUUGUGCCUUCAGCAACACUCAAACCUGCCUAUCCUAACAUGAUAUUAUCUAUAUGAUAACGUAUAGCUAACUGUUUACAUGUCAGGCUUUGACUGUUGCUUGUGAGGCAGUUUACAUACUGAUAAUCAUAGAUAUUCAGAUGUGCCAAGAUAAAAGUUGUGCCACUCGGUAUUUAAAAUGACAUUUUUCUAUUCACAUCUGACUGUAAAAUGGCAAAGGUAAGUUAUGAAUGAAAUAAUAUGCUUCAGUUAAAAUGGUAUACAUGAGAUUUUAUGUAGCUAACCAUUACAGUCAUAUUUUUUUGUUGUGCUUUGGUUAGUUUUUGUAGUAUGUUUUCAAGGUCUUGACGGAAGAAAAAUAUUCCUUUAAAAUAAUAAUAGUCAACAGAAUUGAUUUGGUCUGCAGGAAGAUGAAAUGUUUACAUGACUUCAAAAUGUCAGCACUGCAUUGAGCACAUACAUGUAGGUGUGCACUACAGCAUAAGCAGGUAAUCUCUGGAAGUUGUUCUUUUCUUGAAUGAGCUGGCAUUCUGAUGACGAUUUUUUUUUUUUUUUUUUUUUUCCCUCCAGGAAUUCACAUUAUUUCCAUUUAUUUUCUGUUCCAUUUUUAUUUCUAAUAUGAAGUAAAAUGGAGAGUAUUUGCCAGAGCCAACUGGCAUCUAAAGGGGAUGUUUUUUGCAAAGGUUUGUGCAGUUAAUGAGUUGAAUAUUUGUCUUCAUAACUGCCAUUUUAUGUUGACCUGAGGACCAAAGCCCCAAACCCUAAAUCUAGAUAUUGAUUCCUUAUAGGGUCUUUCUUUUUUUUGCAUUAUCAUAACAUUUUUGAAGCACCAACCAUUGCUAGGUAGCAGUAUUUUCUGCUUGAUACCAGUUCCUAACUAAUGCAUCACUGUAAAAGAGGAAAGAAGCAUUCUAAAGUGCUCUUUAAAGGAUUUCAGUAUUCUCAUGAAAACCUGUAAUUCGUGUUAACAGAGCAUCUAUCCA